ACUAAAAUAAACCGUGAAAUGAAUCGCUCCCGGCUUCCCGACUACCCCCAAACGCCGAGGACGAGAAAGGUAAAUCCCUCCCCGUUCCCUCGUUAUCGAAUUCUGUCACCCAUCCAAAUCGCCAUCGAAACCCCAACAGAUGUGGCCUAAAUGGGGCAAGCCCUCUCGCAACGACACCUCUAGCCCCGCCGCCGACCUCCCCUCUUCGGUAGCUACCCCCUCCUUCAAGGACAUCCACUCCCUCUUACAUGACGAGGACGAAACCGGCGCCGCUUGCCGUCGGAAGGCUUCCGUCUUUCACCGCGUCCGAAUGGCGACCGCCGCGCUUCGGACCUGGCGAUCUCUGCAGUCAUCGACCCUCGCCGAAUCCGGUGACAAGCGGAUCGUUCUCUACUACACGAGCCUCCGUGUUGUGCGAAAGACCUUCGAGGACUGCCGCAUGGUACGAUCCAUCCUGCGCGGAUUCCGUGUUGCCGUCGAUGAGCGGGAUCUGACGAUGGAUUCCGCUUUUCUCACAGAACUCAAGGGCCUCCUUGGUCGGCAACAGCUCAGCCUCCCUCGCGUCUUCAUUGGCGGCCGUUACAUCGGCGGGGCAGAAGAGAUCCGUCAGCUUCACGAAUCGGGCGAGCUUAAACUCUACAUCGAGGGGGCACCGCCGGCUGCGGCGAGCGCCUGCGAGGCAUGUGGCGGCGUAAGGUUUCUUCUAUGCUCAGUAUGCAACGGCAGCAGGAAGUGCCAUACGGACAAGGGCGGAUUCCGGUCCUGCGGAUGCUGCAAUGAGAACGGCCUUGUUCGGUGCCCGGACUGCUGCACGCCUAUCGUUUGAUCACCAUCCGUCGGUUUGGAUUAGACUUUCAUCCUUUUUCUUUUUGCAAGAGGAUAUCGACAGGUUUUCGAAUUCAUCAAUAUUUAAUCAAUUGUUGAAUUUGUAUUGCCCGAAUAGUUUAGCUUGAAAAACCAUUCAUUUUGUUUUUGAAGGUUCGGAUUCUUCUCUUGUAUUAAAUUUGUAUU